AUGGCCCAGGGUGCCAUGCGCUUCUGCUCAGAAGGCGACUGUGCCAUCUCCCCACCACGAUGCCCACGCCGCUGGCUCCCCGAAGGCCCUGUGCCCCAGAGCCCCCCAGCCAGCAUGUACGGCAGCACAGGCUCCCUGCUACGGAGGGUGGCAGGUCCAGGUUCCCGAGGCCGGGAACUGGGCCGAGUGACGGCACCCUGUACACCCCUGCGUGGCCCCCCAUCGCCCCGUGCUGCUCCCUCACCCUGGGCACCCUCUUCACCCACCGGGCAGCCCCCACCUGGGGCCCAGAGCUCCGUGGUCAUCUUCCGCCUUGUGGAGAAGGCCAGUGUGAGGCCACUGAAUGGAUUACCUGCUCCUGGAGGCUUGAGUCGGAGCUGGGACCUGGGUGGGGUUUCUCCUCCGAGACCCACCCCAGCCCUUAGACCUGGCUCCAAUCGGAAGUUGCGACUGGAGGCAUCCACGUCAGACCCACUUCCAGCUGGCGGAGGCUCGGUCCUGCCUGGUAGCCGAGGCCCCUUAACUGGGCCCCCUGCCCCACCCCAAGUUGGGACAGAUGGCCUUUACUCCUCUCUCCCCAAUGGGCUGGGGGGUCCCCCUGAGCACCUGGCCACACUAUUCCGAGGACCUGCUGACACAGGACUCCUAAACCAGGGGGACACCUGGUCCUCCCCCCGGGAAGUCUCCUCUCAUGCCCAGAGAAUCGCUCGCGCCAAAUGGGAAUUCUUCUAUGGCUCCUUGGACCCCCCCAGCUCAGGUGCUAAGCCCCCAGAGCAGGCCCCCCCAUCUCCACCCGGGGUGGGCUCAGGGCAGGGCUCUGGGGUGGCUGUGGGGCGAGUGGCCAAGUACUCCGAGACUGACCUGGACACGGUGCCACUGAGGUGCUACCGCGAGACGAACAUCGAUGAGGUGCUGGCUGAGCGGGAGGAAGCUGAUUCAGCCAUUGAGAGUCAGCCCAGUUCGGAAGACCCAUUCAGCACUGUCUGCCUACCUGCUCCACGCCCUGUCCUGUGCCCUGGCCCUCAUCCCAGCAGUGGCAGUGAGGAUGAGGAUGAGGCAGGCGGGGAAGAGGAUGUGGACGAUGAGGUGUUUGAGGCCUCAGAGGGGGCCCGGCCAGGGACCCAAAUGCCUCAUCAUGGGCCUCUUAAGUCGCCAGUGCCCUUCCUACCUGGGACCAGCCCCUCCGCUGAUGGGCCUGACUCUUUCAGUUGUGUGUUUGAAGCCAUCCUGGAGUCACACCGGGCCAAAGGCACCUCCUACACCAGCCUCACCUCGCUGGAAGCCCUGGCCUCACCUGGCCCAACCCAGAGCCCCUUCUUCACCUUUGAGCUGCCCCCCCAACCUCCUGCCCCCCGGCCUGACCCACCUGCUCCUGCCCCACUUGCCCUUCUUGAGCCAGACUCUGGUACCAGCUCCGCUGCAGAUGGGCCUUGGACACAGAGAGGGGAAGAGGAGGGGACAGAGGCUGGAGCCAAGCUAGCCCCAGGGAGGGAGCCCUCCAGUCCCUGCCGCUCAGAGGACAGCUUUGGGCUGGGGGCAGCACCCCUGGGCAGCGAACCACCCCUGAGCCAGCUGGUGUCUGACUCGGACUCUGAGCUGGACAGCACGGAGCGGCUGGCCCUAGGAAGUACGGACACCUUGUCCAAUGGGCAGAAAGCAGACCUGGAGGCUGCGCAGCGCUUAGCCAAGAGGCUGUAUCGACUUGAUGGCUUCAGGAAGGCAGAUGUGGCCCGGCACCUGGGCAAGAACAAUGACUUCAGCAAACUGGUGGCUGGCGAGUACCUCAAGUUCUUUGUUUUCACGGGCAUGACUCUGGACCAAGCUCUCAGGGUAUUUCUGAAGGAGCUGGCCUUAAUGGGUGAAACCCAAGAACGGGAGCGCGUGCUGGCCCACUUCUCCCAACGAUAUUUCCAGUGCAAUCCCAGCACUUUGUCCUCCGAGGACGGUGCCCACACGCUGACCUGCGCCCUCAUGCUACUCAACACCGAUCUCCACGGCCACAACAUCGGGAAGCGCAUGACCUGCGGGGACUUCAUUGGGAACCUCGAGGGCCUCAACGAUGGCGGCGACUUCCCCAGGGAGCUGCUCAAGGCCUUGUACAGCUCCAUCAAGAAUGAGAAGUUGCAGUGGGCCAUAGACGAGGAGGAGCUGAGGCGCUCUUUGUCCGAGCUGGCCGACCCCAACCCCAAGGUCAUCAAGAGGGUCAGCGGGGGCAGUGGCAGCGGCUCCAGCCCUUUCCUGGACCUGACUCCUGAGCCUGGGGCUGCCGUCUACAAGCACGGGGCCCUGGUGCGAAAGGUGCACGCAGACCCUGAUUGCAGGAAGACACCUCGGGGCAAGAGGGGCUGGAAGAGCUUCCACGGGAUCCUCAAGGGCAUGAUUCUCUACCUGCAGAAGGAGGAGUACCAGCCUGGAAAGGCCCUGUCAGAGGCAGAGCUCAAGAAUGCCAUCAGCAUCCACCAUGCACUGGCCACCCGUGCUAGCGACUAUAGCAAGCGGCCCCAUGUCUUCUACCUACGCACAGCUGACUGGCGGGUCUUCCUCUUCCAGGCCCCGAGCCUGGAGCAGAUGCAGUCCUGGAUCACGCGCAUCAAUGUGGUGGCAGCCAUGUUCUCUGCACCCCCCUUCCCAGCAGCUGUUAGCUCCCAGAGGAAGUUCAGCCGCCCUCUGCUGCCCAGUGCUGCCACUCGCCUCUCCCAGGAGGAGCAAGUGCGGACCCACGAGGCCAAGCUGAAGGCCAUGGCAAAUGAGUUGCGGGAGCACCGGGCCACCCAUCUAGGCAAGAAGGCCCGGGGCAAGGAGGCUGAAGAGCAGCAGCAGAAGGAGGCCUACCUGGAGUUUGAGAAAUCCCGCUACGGGACAUACGCGGCACUGCUUCGGGUCAAGCUGAAGGCAGGCAGCGAGGAGCUGGAUGCGGUCGAGGCAGCACUGGCCCAGGCCAGGAGCGCAGAGGACGGAAUCCCCGCCUGUCACUCCAGUUCCUCCCUGCAGCCCAACACCUCCAGCCAGCCGCGGGCUCAGCGCCAUGGCCCAGAGCCUCGGGCAGGGGCAGGCAGCGGGCGGCGGAAGCCCUGAGUUGGGGGUUGG